AUGUUUCUCGAGGCGAGCCUGCAGGCCCAGCUAGCCGAGUGCCGAGCUCAGGUGGAACACUGGCAGGGCGUGGCGACGAUCUGCGAGCUGAGCAAACAGGAGGAACUGGCAGAGCUGCAGAAACAAUGUGAUCAAGAGAUCCAGUCUCUGCAGGAGGCUCUCAGAGAGACAGCAGAGCAGUAUGAGGCCAGGCUAUCAGUCCUCCAGUCUCAGUCUGGAGAGUGGAGGAGAGCCAGUGGGCAGAACAUGAUCAGUGGAAGGAAAGGCAAUAAUGAAUCCCCAGCAUCGCUCACCAACAGCCUGUCGGAGGCCGUGGCAGUGGAGCAGCGACAGAACCAGCCGUCAGAUCUCGAAGUGUCGACGGAGGGAGAAGGGACGCCUCCUACGUCAGAAGCGUAUUUUUCUCUGCGGCACUGCGACUCGGCCUCGCUGUCCUCCUUCUCCUUGGACACACCCUCUCUGCCCAGGAAGCUCCACGCUCAGGAGGACACCGACUCCCUCGUCUCCACGGGAACCCUGGUGCCUGAAGCCAUCUACCUGCCGCCGGCCGGACACCGGCUGGUCCCGCACGGAGACUGGGACGCCCUCAAUGCUCAGGUGUCGGAGCUGCGAGGCGAGCUGAGCCGGCUGCAGGAGGAGAAGGAGGAGCUGGAGAGAGAGCUGGACACACAGACCAACAAAACACACAAACAGGUGUCAAUGCUCCAGGCUCAGGUCCACACCUCAGAGGCCCUCCUCCAGGAUCUGCAGAAAUCUUUCAGCCAAUCACAGAGCGCCGUCCAGAGUCGGCUGAGUUUGUCCCUCUCCCAGAGGAAGGUGAGCACCGAGCUGUCCAGACUCAAAGGAGAGGAGGUUCAGGAUGAGCCCGACUGCUUCCCCGCUACACUGCAGGGGGCGCACUGUGAGGAGCGUCUCCGCAUCGAGAUAGUGAACCUCAGGGAUCAGCUGGACACCCGCACAGAGGAGAACGAAGUUUUAGAAGUGCGGCUGUCCAGUCUGAAGACGGAGACGGAGAGGGUCUCGUCUCAGAAGGAGCAGCUGCAGGCGGAGCUGCUGUCCUGCCGCAGCGAGCUGGAGGCCCUGAGGGUGGCGCUGUCUCACCUGCAGAGCACCAGCAAGACUCUCAGUACUGAGAAGGCGGCGCUGCAGCAGCAGAGUCUGGAGCUGCGCAGUCAGGUGAUCAGCAUGCGCAGCCAGGUGGACACCAGCCAGACGGUUCAGAGAGACUUCGUGCAGCUCUCUCAGUCGCUGCAGAUGAGGCUGGAGGUGAUCCGGCAGGCGGAGACUCUGGAGCAGGUCAGAGAGGUCCUGGAGGAGGGGAGGAGGGAGGCUGCUUCCUCUCCUGUAGACUCCCCCUGAGCCACAGAGAGGUCCUGGAGGAGGGGAGGAGGGAGGCUGCUUCCUCUCCUGUAGACUCCCCCUGAGCCACAGAGAGGUCCUGGAGGAGGGGAGGAGGGAGGCUGCUUCCUCU